GUGACGUGUUAUCAUUGGCCAAACACACAAGACCGAUUCAAUCAAUACAUCGAGUCAGCGUGAAACGGGUCUCAUUAUCCUGCACUGAUCGCCCCAAGAAAGUGGCGAUAACAAUUUACAACAAAAUACUGAAGCAGUGCGGUGUGGUGGUGGCUGCGGCGCCGAGGUGGUGACACGCGCCGAAGACGCAGUGCAGCGAGGCCUCGGAGGGACAACCAAGUGAAAUGGAGUUUUAAGUUUUGAGAAGAACAGUGGUUUGCAUGUUAUGAGCAUGGAGAACUGCAGAAGGGACUGGAAUAAGGUGAAGAAGAAAAUAACAAGAUGUAUUGCUAUACUUCAGAGGGAUCUUCCAGACAUCCACAUAUCAGAGUAUCCCACCAAGCACAUCUUUAUAGGCAAUGCUGGACUGACAACAAAUGCUGAUGAGUCUUCCUUAGUAGAGCUAAUCACAUCUGUCGGAUGUGGUCUAGAGGCCCUCACGCUCUUACCAGGAAAACAGUACAGCUUUGCAUCAUUCACUUCCCCUGAGCAGGCCAGGACAGUACUGAUGGCAGCUCAUGGCCACCUGGGAGUGCAGGGGUCCAUCUCCCCUGUGUACAUGGCCUAUGUUGACAAGGUACCAAUGGACCCUUCACCCAUCAAAUUUAGGUUCCCACCUGGCCUGUCAGUCCUGGAAGAUUUUGUCUCUCCAAAGGAGGAGCUGCUGCUGAUGAACCUGGUUGACUGGGGUGCCUCACCAUCCUCUACAGCUCAAGGAAGUGUCUUGAAACACCGUCAGGUUCGUCAUUUUGGUUAUGAGUUCCAGUAUAGCACCAACUGUGUGGAUAAGAGGCAACCGCUGCCCCAGGGAAUGCCUCCAGCCAUUGACUUUUUGCUUAGGAGAAUUGUGGACCGAGGUUGCAUGCCAUCCCUGCCUGACCAGCUUACCAUCAACAGAUAUUUACCUGGGCAAGGCAUCCCACCCCACGUUGACACUCACAGCUCCUUCACGGACGAGUUGCUUUCCCUCAGCCUUGGAGGUGGUGUUAACAUGGAUUUUCGUUAUGUUGGUGGUAGUGGUAGCAACAGCAGUACUAUUGAAGGAAGCAGAGACAAGCCACCUCACUAUGUGGUAUAUCUCCCCCCAAGAUCACUUUGUGUUAUGACUGGCCCAGCAAGAUAUGAGUGGUCACAUGGCAUCUGUCCACGCAUGACAGAUGUAGUGGCCAGUAGGAAUAGUGUCACGGGGCUCCAACUGCUGCCACGCCAGGAACGCAUCUCCUUCACCUUCAGGAAGAUUCGGCACGGGGAAUGUUCCUGCCAGAAUGCCAGUGUGUGUGAUUCUUAUGGCAAGGAGCAGAAGAACUCCAGCAAGGGUGAAAGUAAGCGGAGCACCUCCCCCUGUGACCUGCCCAAUGACAGAUCAGCUGCUCGGAUUGAGAGGGAACAUGUGCUGCAGGUGUAUGACCAGAUAGCAGAGCACUUCAGUGUCACUCGCCACAAGCCUUGGCCACAGGUUCUGGAGUUUGUAUUGUCCCUGCCCCAAGGCUCACUACUGUUGGAUGUUGGUUGUGGCAAUGGCAAGUACAUGGGACACAACAAGCAGGUGUUCCAGGUGGGUUGUGAUACAAGCUUUGAGUUGAUGAAAAUCUGUAACAAUCAAGGUUUUGAAGUUUUGACCAGCAAUUGCCUCCAGUUGCCAUACCGGGAUUCUGUAUUUGAUGCAGCUGUGUGUAUUGCUGUAAUUCACCAUCUUGCAACUGAAAAACGGCGGCUUGCUGCUGUUAGGGAGAUGGUGAGAGUGCUGAACGUGGGAGGACGUGGCCUGAUCUAUGUGUGGGCUAUGGAGCAGCGGCGUGGGGAAAAGAAGUCAACUUACCUCAAGCAGAACAAGGAAGGCAGUGUUGCUGCGGAGAUGAUCAAGGAUCAGAACAGCGAAGAAAAGGCAUUGCCUAAUUACCAUCAUGAUAGAUGUCUUCAAAAAGUUGAGAUGGUUAGGUCUGGAGCCACCUCUCUUCCAGUCCAUGUCAACCGCACUGAAUUUAUGCAGCAGGAUAUGUUAGUGCCAUGGAAACUGAAACCUCCUAAGAAAAACGAGUCAAGGUGUGAGAGGAGGAGAUGUGACAGAGGCUGUGGUAUGGUUCAUGGCUCCAGAAGUAACAGGACCCAGAGUAGUGAACCAACAGUUGACUCACUACAAAUUACAAACAGUUGUGAUGUCCUAGCUUCACAAGAGAAUGUGAGAUGUGAUAAUUGUCACUCCAAGUCCAGGAAAAAAAUUGUCUGUGCUGAAACCAGACCAGACCAAGUCUUCCACAGGUACUAUCAUGUCUUUAAACAAGGAGAACUAGAAUCAUUGUGCAGUCAACUAAAUGUCAAGGUUAUUAAAUCUUACUAUGAUGAAGGUAAUUGGUGUAUUAUAUUUCAAAAAUCAAGUUGAAAACAACCAUGUUUUGUUUUUACACAUAUGUAAUAUAAAACUGCUUUUAUAACAUAUAUACCAUAAACAGUUAAGAUCAUAAGUGAGAAGGAAAUCAUGAAGAAAGUGAAAAUUACAGUAAGCAGUGAACUUAUGACCGGAAGGAGAUAUUUUGGUUUCUCCAUGCAGGAAGUUCCUUCAUGGAAGAGAUCAUCAUAGUAAGAUUCUUUAUGAUGUAAUACUGCAUAAACUGCACUGGAGGAAAAUAGUAGGGAUUUCACUACUCAAAGAAAAUGUUAUGUUUCCACCAUUAGACACACGAUGCCUCAUGAAGUGUAGUUUUCUUUUUCUGGUAACUUUUAAUAGUCAGGAUUUUUGAAAAUUUGUAAUUUUUACAUAUAGAUUCUCUGCCAUUCUGCUUUGGAUGAUAUUGCUUUUAUCUCCAGUUCAACUUCAUUGCUCGGAAAAUGUGAAACUGACGGACAGACUUUGCACUCUUAGUAAUAUAGAUAGAUACCUAGGUAGUAAACUAUACCAGCAGCAUGUUGAUCAUGCUCUGAAUAUCCACACUUGCUAUAGAACAGUUAUAAAGAGAGAAUGAAACUCAGGCUUAUAAUUGGUAGCUUGAAUUGGAGUAAUGCAGUAAAACUCCUAACAAUUAAAACAAUUGACAGUGAAGUAUGUCUGGUCUUGUAAUAAGCAGCACUCCAAGGUAUUCCAGUGUUUUUCCAAAAAAAGGAAACAUUGAAUUUUAGAUUACUGUAUUUUGCUGUGAAGUGAAGCUGAUGCACACUUGCCUUCCCAGUGUGUACAAACAUUACUGAAGGCCAGAUGUGUGACAUCCUAGAAGUGACAAAGCUGUCAUGUUUCUAUCCAUUCAAGGACAACCUCAAGUCCAAAAGGACACCCGCACACAAAGCAACUGUCAAAGUAUUCUACAGUGUGUGUGAGAUGAUGACUCUCUAAGUACUAGGAGAUCUAUGAUACAUUUUGCAGAAUCAAAUUGGUGUAUUUUUUGGCUCAAUACAACAUUAUGCCUUCAACUGUGAGCUUCAGCACUGAUUAUGAAACAUACAAAUAGCAAGAAACCCACAUUUUCAUACAUUUUUAUCCUGUUGUGAUAACUAGGCUUAAUCAAUUCACUCUUCACUGCCAAACAGCACUGCCAUCCUUGUACAGUGUAGCCUGAAACCAUUUUUAGCAUUUUUAUACAAGUAACUUGUAGAAAUAUUUGCAAAACUAGUGACUAAAUAAAGAAGUGCAGCAUUUCCAGUCUCCCAGCAAUUUUGUCAAAUGCUCAAGCAAUGUGACUGUCGGAGCCAGAGAUUAUUCCUUUUGUAGCUUUGCAUUUUGAUUUGUAGGAAAAGUUAGAUAGUUCAUUAAUAUUUCUAUUCUCAUUUCACAUUUUGUAACCACCUCUGCCAUGGAUUGCUGCUCAGCUAAGUGAGAUUCAAGUGAUUUCCAUUGCAUUUUGUUGAUGGACUGUAAAAUGCUAAUGUUCAGCAGCUAAAUGCAUUAUAUCAAUAGUCUUUUUUUUCUCUUAAGUAUGCAAGCAUGCAUUGAACUGCAUAUGUAUAUUAUUAUAUGUUGUUAUUGUAUCUUUUGUGAUUAUAAAACAUAACCAAUUAUAUACUGAUUGUUGUCUGAGUGGCUACUUUAAUCUAGUCAUUUUAUGUUCAGUUGUUAAUUUGCUCACCUUGUGUGUGUGUGUGUGUGUGUGUGUGUGUGUGUGUGUGUGUGUGUGUGUGUGUGUGUGUGUGUGUGUGUGUGUGUGUGUGUGUGUGUACUUGAAAGUGUUAUGUAUAUAUGCCAGCCUGUUUACAUAGUGUGUGUGUGUGCACAGGUGUCCAUGUGUAUGUGCACUGAUGCACAGAAGGUUGUCAGGUAACUCUCAUGUACUCUGUAGCCUGAGUAGAAUAAGGGUAUUCAUAACAGUUGUGAGAAUGUGAAAUUAAACAUUGAUAAAUA